AUGAACAACGACGAGGAGCUUUUCCCCAUCGCCAUCCUCAUCGAUGAGCUCAAGUCCGACGAUGUCACCCUAAGACUCAACGCCAUCCACCGCAUCUCGACCAUCGCACUCGCUCUCGGACCCAAGCGCGCCAGAAACGAGCUCAUCCCCUUCCUCCAGGACUCGCUCGACGAUGAGGACGAGGUCCUCCUCGCCCUCGCAGAGGAGCUCGGCUCCGGCUUCGUCGAGUACCUUGGCGGGCCCGCCUUUGCCCACCUCCUCCUCGGCCCCCUAGAGAACCUCGCCGCCGUCGAGGAGACCGUCGUUCGGGAGAAGGCUUCGGAGUCGAUCACAAAAAUCGCCGAGGUGUUGUCGGAAGCGCAGGUGGCCGAGUACUACCUCCCCCUCCUCAACCGCCUCACGAGCGGCGACUGGUUCACGUCGCGCACCAGCGCCACGUCGCUAUACGCCGCCGUCUACCCCAAGGCGUCACCAGAGGCGCAGGAGCAGCUCAUCAAGAUGUUUGCCGGCCUCUGCAACGACGACACCCCCAUGGUCCGACGCGCAGCGGCAAGAGACCUCGGGCCUUUUGCCAAGAAUCUCACAAAGGAGCUCAUUGUCUCGGACAUUAUCCCGCUCUACCGCAAGCUGUCUUCCGACGACCAGGACAGCGUCCGCCUGCUCACGGUCCAGGACCUCAUCGCCAUUGCCGAGUCGCUCGACCACGAGGAGUCGAAAAACUACCUUUUGCCAUCGAUCCGGAGCGCGGUCCAGGACAAGAGCUGGAGGGUCCGGUAUAUGGUCGCCGACCACUUUGUCAAGCUCGCGUCGGCUGUCGGGGAGGAUGUGGUCCGCGACGAGCUGGUCAUGGCUUUUGUCCACCUGCUGCGGGACAACGAGGCCGAGGUGCGGACGGCGGGCGCCGGGCAGGUGCCUGGCUUUGCCAAGCUGGUCGACCAGGACAUUAUCCUGGCCCGCCUGAUGCCGUGCGUGCGCGAGCUCUCGAGCGACGCGUCUCAGCACGUUCGCGCGGCGCUGGGCACCCAGAUCAGCGGGCUGGCGCCGCUGCUGGGCAAGGAGGCCACCAUCGAGCACCUGCUGCCGCUCUUCCUCCACCUGCUCAAGGACGAGUUCCCCGAUGUCCGCCUCAACAUCAUCUCGAAGCUGGAGCAGGUCAAUGAGGUGAUUGGCAUCGAGCUCCUCUCGCAGUCGCUGCUGCCCGCCAUCGUCGAGCUGGCCGAGGACAAGCAGUGGCGCGUGCGGCAGGCCAUCAUCGAGUACAUUCCGCUGCUGGCCAACCAGCUGGGCGUCCAGUUCUUUGACGAGCAGCUGAGCAACCUGUGCAUGUCCUGGCUCGGCGACACCGUCUUUUCCAUCCGCGAGGCGGCCACCGUCAACCUCAAGAAGCUCACCGACGUCUUUGGCGUCGAGUGGGCCAGGCAGACGAUCAUCCCCAAGGUGCUGCAGAUGGGCACCCACCCCAACUACCUCUACCGGAUGACGACCAUCUUUGCCAUUACGACGAUGGCGCCCUCGCUCAACACGGCGGCCAUCAACGACAGUGUGCUCGAGACGGUGGUGCCCAUGGUCGACGACCCGAUCCCCAACAUCCGCUUCAACGUGGCCAAGGCGUUUGAGGUGCUCGCAUCCGUCCUCACCCAGACGCCCGAGGGCAAGCAGGUGGUGGCGAGCCGGAUCGUGCCGGCGCUCGAGAAGCUCAAGGAGGACUCGGAUGCCGACGUGCGCUACUUUGCCCAGAAGGCCUACGAGGUGGCCAGCCAGCAGCAGCAGCAGCCGUCUACGGGUACGUGCUAG